CUCUUUGAUUUUUUAUUAGCUUAUUAAUUAUCGCACACUUUAAUUUUUUUGAUGCAUUUUAGUACAUCCACCACAUUUAGCUAGCCAAAAAAAUACGAUUCACAAUACUGGCUUGUACAUUUAUCAAUAUUUACUAUUUUUGUUUUUUAUGCUGGACAAAGCAAAAACUAUGUCUCCUAACGUCACUAAACCUGUUGCCAAAACGACAAAAGCAGGGUACAGGGCAGCAAAAAAUGGUGGUAAACGUGUAGCAACAGGUAUUCGAGCUGUGACCAGUCCGGGAAUUAAAGGUGCAACCGUCGUCAUUGAAGCUGCAACAGACGCAAGCAAUACAAUUGCAAGGACAAGCGUUCAGCUGGCAACAACAAGCGUUCAGAGUUUCAAAUUAGCGGCAACGGGUAUUCAAGCUACAACAGAUUCCAGCAGUAAAAUAGCGAAAUCCGUUAUCAGGAUGGCAAAGAGUAUUAUCCCUUAAACAAUAUGAUUGUUAGUUUAAAACAUAUUUUAAUUUACUUAUGUUGGAAUUUAAAAUGUUCUAGACGCUGCGUUAUUUUCACGCGCUGCCCGUUGUUUUUAAAAAAAUCAGCAAGGUUAUUUUCAACAUAUUACAAUAAUCUUUCAAUUCAAAAAUUUUAAUAUAUU